AUGAUGCCGCUUACUCUGUCGCCGCGGCUGUCGGCUUCCAUGCUGGACAUCAUUUUCUCUAUCAUUCACUCCUCUUCUUCCAGAUUUGAUACUUUCAAAAACAAAGGAAAAACAAAGAUUGGACUCAGACCCCGAUGUGGGGCGAGUUCGCUCAGCAGCUCUGCCGGGCCAUCAUUGCAUGGCAGAAUCUCCAAAUCCCUACCGGUGACUGGGGACUUGCCGUCGGGGAAAAUGGGAUGGCCGAAGUUUCCAAAGACUGAUGUUCCUGCAUGA